AUGCAGUCUUUCGAUGUGAAGGAUGCGUUUCUCACUGUUCGGCAACGUGAUGAACUUUAUGUGUUGCUAGACGGUGUCCCCUACAGAGUCCACUAUUGUUUGCCAGGACAACAGCCGGCUGCGGCAUGGUGGGCUGAACAGCUCACUGAGGAUUUGAAGGAGUCCGGGUUAGUUCCUGAUGCAGCAUGCCCAGCAGAGUUUGGCAAACCAGGAAUGGGUUCCACAGUCCAUGUGGAUGAUGGGCUCAUGGCAGGGGAGGCGGACACUAUGGAGCAUGUUGCAAGCAUCUUGAAAAGUAAGUACAAGCUUGAGUUGUCAGAUGUGGCGUGCGAUGUGGGAGACGUAGUGAAGUUCCUGAAGAAGGAGCUGGUGAUCACAGACAUGGGGGCAAGAGCAUUGCAAGAGGAGAAUGGCGGAGAGCAUGAUUUGAUUGAAUCGGCCAUCUAUGUGCAGCACAUCGUCCAGACGUUGUCCAGUGCCCCAUGUAGGUAUGGUUUCUUGAUGGUCCGACUUGGGUACAAAGGGUUCAACACCACGUCGCGUGAUCAGGUAAAACUGGAUAGGCUGCAUGGCAAAGUUCUGAGACUCCUGGUGCUCAUGGAUGCGAUGAAGGGGGUCACAGCCUAUGAGGUUGUCAUGGUCAAUGAGUAUGAGCCCAACACGUCCGGAAGCUUCAGCCUUGAGGGUAUGCGCUUGCAUAUCGAAAGCGUCUUGAGCUUUUAUCUCCCCACAUGGUUCCUCCUGUUGAUGGUCAUGGUUGGUGUUUGCUUUGUUGCCUGGAUUAUCAGAGAAAUCGGAGCGAGCCGUGAUCAUGGUCGUGAGGGAGGUGGCUAUGGGCUAGAUGGGGAUGUCAGGGAUAGCGGUGAUGAUCAUGAAUGUGAAGAUCAAGGCCAAAGUGAUGGCGAGUCCAAUGUGAGUGAGCAGUGUGAUGAAGAUGUCAUGGGCAAGUGUAUCGUGAACCUGGAUGUGGAUGCCUGCGAGCGGCGACCAGAGUUAUCACCUACACAGCUGAUCAUCAUCAGCGGCUUCACUUGGCUCCAUGCGGUCAAUGCAGACCUCAUGUACUACCUGGAUCGAACCCCCGAGUGA